AAAAGUACAGUAGCUUAAAGCAGUAGUUCCCAAUCCUGAUCCUAGAGUAGCACAUUUGGGCCAUUUGUACACCCCUUAACAAGUCCAAGAUAAUAUGACCUAUUUCAGAUGAGAUAUUUAUAUACAUUUAUGAAAUAAAUAAAUAAAAUGUAUGUAAAUGUUUAUAGAUCAUGAUCAAAUGUAAUAUACACAAUAUAGUGUGAAGGUAUUAAUAAGAAACUAAAUCAAAUUAUUGUACACACACACACACACACACACACACACAUAAGUAAGUAAUUCUUUAUUGUCAUUGUAACAAUGGAUGUACAAUGAAAUUGAGUGAGUACUCUCAGUGCAGAAAGUAAAAUAAAAUAAAUAAAAAAAGAAUAUUGCACAUUUAAAAUAUUGCACUUAGUGUACAUAUGGCAUCAAAGAUUAUUGCACAGUUAAAAUAUUGCACCAACAAAGAGAUAUUGCAGAGUAAAUAUAUAUCUAUAUACAUAUAUAUUUAUAUGUGUGUGUGUGUGUGUGUGUGACACACACAUAAAUACGCAUAAAUGUACUCUCGUAACUUUAAACCUUCAGCCUUGCCCCCUCUGAGCCGAUUUUGGAUCCUCUCAAGACAAUACCUGAGUGGUUAUGUAAUAUAUGGUGAAUAUAUUAUUUGCGCAAGUUUAGUCUAGAUUCGUGUUCAAUACACAGCACGCUCUCGGUUAUUUCCCCUCCUGCAGAAAAAGCAGUGAAACCCAAAAGAGCCAGUAACUGACACUUUACCAGCCAAUGGUUGUGGCAGCGGAUGAACACAACAGCCAAUAGUAGACUGGCCCGACAAGAGGGCGGGGCUUAGAUUUACCUGAGCUGCAGAAAACCGGCUGCUGACGAGCUGCUGAUGUUAAAAUCAGAUCACUGAGCAAACACAGGUGUCACAGGCGCUCGCAGAACAGCUGCUUUGUACUGUGAGUAAACUGUGGAAGUGAAAGGAGACAAUCUUGGCAUUUCCCACAGAGUUACAGUUCAGAAAUCCUGUGGAAAGGGCUAGCUGUGACUGAGAAGUGAGGUUCCUCAAGGGAAGCACAAAGCCUAAGAUGGCUGCCGAGUGCCCCCUGAGAUCUGAGGUGACGGAGCUUCACAGGAGGGUCAAUCAGGUGACAGAUGAGUCACUUGAGAUCACCAGAAACAUGAAGCUUCUGUUAGAAGAGAGCAAAGAUGCAGGGAUCAGGACAUUGGUCAUGCUAGAUGAACAAGGCGAACAACUGGAGCGGAUUGAAGAGGGGCUGGACCAGAUCAAUCAGGAUAUGAGAGAAGCUGAGAAAAAUCUCACAGACCUUGGCAAAUGUUGUGGCCUAUGCUCAUGCGAUAAGCUGAAGAACCUUGAAGCGAGUGAAGCCUAUAAGAAGGUGUGGGGUAAUAAUCAGGAUGGUGUGGUAUCUAGUCAGCCUUCAUCGCGCAUCGUAGAUGAGCGAGAAAAAAUGACAAUGAGUGGUGGAUACAUCAGAAGAGUGACAAAUGAUGCACGAGAGGAUGAGAUGGAGGAGAAUCUGGCCCACGUGGGCAGCAUCCUUGGCAAUUUGAGAAGCAUGGCACUUGACAUGGGCAAUGAAAUCGAUACUCAGAACGUGCAGAUUGAACGCAUACAGUCUAAGGCUAUUGCCAAUGUUUCUCGCAUCAGUGAGGCCAAUCAGAGGGCUAACAAGCUAAUAGCAAGGUAAACACAGAAGAGCGACGACCAUUUGUUUAGAUUCUUUCUGUCAUAUUAGAGCUUUACAACUGGACGAAGCUUUUUUUUUUUUAACUUUUCUCACUGAAAAAAGUGGAUGAAGCAAGUUUUUUUUUAAAAAAAAAAACUAAUGUUAUUUUAUGUUAAUUUAGUUUUCAUGUUCAUAAUGUUCAUAACUGUCUAAAAGAGCCAGUUGCUAUUUCAGAUAUCAUUGCUGUAUUUAUUGUAUUACUUAAUCAGUGGAUUUUUUUUUAAAAUAGGAGAGCAACAUGCCAACAGCUAUCAGUGUCUUUAUUAAAAGGUACUAGUUGAGUUUUGUCUGUGCUUUUCUAUGUCUGUUUGGUAGUGAAAAUGGUGGUCAGAAAAAAUUAUGUUGCAUUGUCAUGUGCUUUUACACAAAAAUUUCCAUUUCAAGAAAAGCUGGGAAAAUGAUAAACUGAAAAGCUGAUUACUGUGUGGUUUUUAAGUUGUAUUUUUGACAGCAUUUUUGCAUAAUAAAUAUUCCAAUUAACUGUGAAUUGACUGAAAAAAAGGAUGUGCAAGGACUAGAUUUAAACAUGAACUCGAAGGAGAAGUGCACAUUCAGAAUAGCCAGACUAAUAAUUAGUCAUCAUUAGUCAAGUGGUAGAGAGAGUGUUCAUUGCCAUGUAAUGCUGCUGAUGAUCUCAUUCAAUGUGCUGCAAUGUACCGGUUACAAAUAGCUGUUUAGACCUUCUUAACCUUGCUGUUCUGCUCAUUGAUCAUAGAAGAUGUCCCUCAGAUCCAUGACAUCCCUUCUGAUGUUGUGUCAAUGAAACACUUUAUUGAUGUGAUUGAAACAAAUUGAAUGAAUGAAGUACUGUUCUGUUGAACUGCCUCAAAAUGGCUUUUGGGGAAAUGACCAUUUCAAGAAAAAAAAGGUGUGUGAAAAAAUGUUUUUCGGUUUUGUUUUUUAAGAAAAAUGUUGUAUU